AUGUUCUCGAGCUUCACCAACCUUGUUAAACCGUGCGGACGCGCCAACAUCCCAGUCCGGAUCCCGAACGAUGACACCACUUUCAAUCCUAAGGAGUAUCCGAACGUGAUCUUUACAGCCAAGGGCUCCAUGUCUGGAAAGGUCACCCUUGUCCAUGGUGGCUCCGAAACCGAUGAGACGGGGCUGGGCCUGAUCUCGACGCGCAUUUGGGUUACCAGGGAGAGUGACAAGGAGAACGUUGUCAUCCGUCCUUCCUUUGAUAACAAGACUCACACUUUCUUCUUGGAGGCGCCAAACAACUGGGGCCCAAACAGCAUUUACCACGAAACCUUAAUCCAGUAUCCGAGAUCCACAACCUCGGUCGAGUCUCUGACUGUCGAGGCCCCCGCCACGAGCCUCACUGGUACCCAUCUCCAGAAUCUACUCUUUGGCAACAUCCAAACUGCGCUCACAAACGCCUCCAUCUCCCUCGAAGACGUCCGCACUGAUACGGCGCGUCUGCAUACUUCAAACGGCAACAUCAACGGCACAUUUGAUGCCGGCCACAUCGAACUUGUGUCCUCAAAUGGCUCCAUCCGUGCAAAGAUCAAUAUUCGUGACGCCUUGGAUGGCGAACAAUCCAAGGCCAUAAUCAAGACCACGAACGGAUCGUUCGAUCUCCAUGCUACAGCGACAGAGACUUCUCGUGGAUUGUGGAUGAGAAACAGUACCAGCAAUGGAAAUCUGGUUCUGGGUGCGGUUCUGGGCAAGGCCGACAGAGCCUCGUUUAUCGGAGCCACGACGACGAAUGCAAGGAUUGAUUUCAGUCUGGAUGCAAGUCAAACGGGCCAGCCUCUCGAGAUCGAGAACAGAAGCUCGAACGGCAGCAUUACUUCAUCGACCAUGGUCCCUGUGAACCAACACUGCAGAGGAUCUGCAGAAUCCUCAAACUCUUCUGUCAACGUCAACUUGACGGAAGAGUUCCAAGGACGAUUUGAAGUCGAGACCAGCAACGCCUCUACGACCGUCCAGGGAACUGAGCUGACCAUGCAGCAGGACAAGAAGACCUCCAAGAGAGGAUACCGCAUCCAUGAAGGACCCAGCGAGUUCAAGGUCCGCACCUCUAACAGCUCCGCGUCCCUGUCCUUCUAUCCAUCUGGACACAGCCUCGCGGCCGAUUCGAAAUAUUAA